AUGAAACUGACAGCAGACCUUAUUACACGUGCACCAGAGCUAAUUAAUCCUUGUAGGGAAAGAGAACUUAAUCUGAGAGGUAAUAAGAUAUCGAUACUUGAGAACUUGGGAGCGACAAAGGAUCAGUUCGAUACAUUGGACUUCUCAGACAAUGAAAUAGCGCGACUAGAGAACUUCCCUCCACUGAAGCGUCUAAAGUCGUUGUACUUUUGCAACAAUCACAUCAUCAAGAUCACAGAGGAGUUUGGCGAAUCACUGCCUUCGCUCACAACACUGAUCCUGACCAACAAUCGACUGCUCAAUCUGAGUGACCUUGAUCCGCUGGCCAAGCUACCCAGCCUCAAAUACCUCUCGCUCAUGGAGAACAUAUGUACAAAGAAGCAAAACUAUAGACUGUAUCUUAUUCACAUCGUACCGCAUCUCAAGAUCAUAGACUUUAAGAAGGUCACUCAACAAGAAAGAGACGAGUCCAAAGCGAUAUAUGGACAAUCAAAGAAAUCGAUCAAGCAAUCAAAGACAGCGACAACGGGCAAAACAUUCAUUCCUGGCGAAGGAAUCAAUGGAGUGUAG